ACCCCCCCCCCCCCCCCCCUUUGCCCCUCGGCGCCGCUUCAUCCUCCGCCCCCUCCCGCCCCCCCCCCCCCCCCCCCCCCCCGCCAGGAUGACCGUGGUGUCCACGGAGAACAUGGACGAGACCUCCACCCUGCCGGGACAACCCGCAGGACCUGUACCGCCGGACGACGACCACGACUGCUGCGAGCGCGUGGUCAUCAACAUCUCGGGGCUGCGCUUCGAGACCCAGCUCAAGACGCUGGCCCAGUUCCCCGAGACGCUCCUCGGCAACCCCAAGAAGAGGAUGCGCUACUUCGACCCGUUGCGGAACGAGUACUUCUUCGACCGGAACCGGCCGAGCUUCGACGCCAUCCUGUACUACUACCAGUCCGGGGGACGGCUGCGGAGGCCGGUCAACGUGCCGCUGGACAUGUUCUCGGAGGAGAUCAAGUUCUACGAGCUGGGCGCCGAGGCCAUGGAGAAGUUUCGGGAGGACGAGGGAUUCAUCCGCGAGGAGGAGCGGCCGCUGCCGGAGAAGGAGUUCCAGCGGCAGAUCUGGCUCCUCUUCGAGCACCCCGAGAGCUCGGGACCCGCCCGGGGGAUCGCCAUCGUCUCGGUGAUGGUCAUCCUCAUCUCCAUCGUCAUCUUCUGUUUGGAGACCUUGCCCGAGCUGAAGGAGGAUCCCAGCCAGCGGAUGCGGAUGGUCGGCAACGUCACCGUGUACUACAAAGCCAAUUUCCUCACGGACCCCUUCUUCGUGGUGGAGACGCUCUGCAUCAUCUGGUUCUCCUUUGAGCUGAUAGUGCGUUUUUUCGCGUGUCCCAGCAAGGCGGCGUUCUUCAAAAACAUGAUGAACUCCAUCGACAUCGUGGCCAUCAUCCCGUACUUCAUCACGCUCGGCACGGAGCUGGCCGACGAUCAGGACGGCAAGGAGGCCAAGGGGGGAGGGGAGCAGGCCACGUCUCUGGCCAUUCUCAGGGUAAUCCGCCUGGUGAGGGUGUUCAGGAUCUUCAAACUGUCCCGGCACUCGAAGGGGCUCCAGAUUCUGGGGCAGACUCUCAAGGCCAGCAUGCGCGAGCUGGGCUUGCUCAUCUUCUUUCUCUUCAUCGGCGUGAUUUUGUUCUCCAGCGCCGUCUACUUUGCCGAGGCCGAGGAGAAGGAGUCGUUCUUCACCAGCAUCCCCGACGCCUUCUGGUGGGCCGUGGUGUCGAUGACGACCGUGGGCUACGGGGACAUGUACCCCGUGACCAUCGGGGGGAAGAUCGUGGGCUCGCUGUGCGCCAUCGCCGGCGUGCUCACCAUCGCGCUGCCGGUGCCCGUCAUCGUGUCCAACUUCAACUACUUCUACCACCGGGAGACGGAGGGCGAGGAGCAGGCGCAGCUGCUCAACGUCAGCAACCAGAACUUGGCGUCGGACACCAACUCGAGCCGGCGCAGCUCGUCGGGCGUCAGCAAGUCGGAGUACAUGGAGAUCGACGAGGACAUGAACAACAGCAUCGAUAACUUUAGGGAAGCCAACCUCAGGACUGCCAACUGCACGGCUCCCACCCAGAACUGUGUGAACAAGGGGAAGCUGCUCACCGACGUGUGAGGCGGCGUCCGGUGUCUGGAGUUUGGCGUCCGGCGUCUGGAGUCUGGCGUCCGGCGUAUGGAGUCUGGCGUCCGGAGUCUGGCGUCCGGCGUCCGGCAACCGGCGUCUGGAGUCUGGC